AUGCUCAACAGACAAGAUACAAGAGGUAAACGAGUUGGAGUGUGUGAAAUGAGUUCUAAUAAUGAUCUUGCCUUGCAAGUGGCUAGUUUGGAAAAGAAGCUCGAUUCUGUGCUCAAUGUGGUGCCUAAGAUAGCUGAGGUGUGUGCCAUUUGCAACAUACCAAGUCAUCCUACUUAUCAAUGCUCAGCUAGUAAGGCUUAUCUCGAAUUCAUUCAAAGGCAAGUGAAUCUCAUGAAUUCUUACAAUCAGAGGUCGAGGAAUGACCCAUUCUCUAAUACAUAUAACCCUAGUUGGAGAGAUCAUCCCAAUCUCUCAUGGACGAAUAACAAUCAAUUUCAAAAUUUCCAACCAAAGCCUGCCACUACACUUAAAGAUAGGGUCAAAAUGCUAGCUCAAAACACCAUUCAAUUCCAGCAAACUACCAAUAGUACUCUCCAACAACAUUCAGCUACUCUAACCAAAAUGGAGACACAAUUAGGUCAGGUUGCUGAUGUGUUGAGUCAAAGAGAACCCGGGAAAUUUCCAAGCCAACCGGUGAAACUUCAAAGGAACCAAGAGCAAGCCAAAGCGGUCAUAACACUUAGAAGUGGUAAGGUUAUUAAUAAUGGAGUUGGCAAUGAAGUUACUAAUGAAUUUGAUCAUGUGAAUGCAAAUCCCACUCAAGAAGUGAAUGAGAAACCGAAUGACGAUCCAAGCAAUGCUACUUCUUUGUCCUCCAAAUUUUUACAAGACUAA